AAGAUCGUGGCGUGGGAAGCUGGGGAGAAGGGAGAAGACUGGGGAGCAAAGGGAAAGGAGAAGCGGAGGUGGGAAUCUGCGCGCCGGGAGGGGGAGGCAUAGCUAGAGCUUUGGAGGGACUAAGAGGAAAGAGGGUGGGAUGAAGGGGUGGGAGCUGGGGUGGGGUGGGGGAGCAGGCGCGCCCCGGGUCUACCCACGUGACAGGUGGCGGGGAUAUUAAGCGGCAGCGGCCCAGGCUCUGAGCCUGAGCUGGUUGCUCGCUAGAGACUCGUCCAGUGAAGCGAGGCUAGUGCAGCUGUGAGAGGGGCAAGCGCGAAGGUCAAUUUGUGCACAGGUAGCUUGUUCUCUGACCCCAGCCACUUUCCACCUACCCAGCCGGCCCAACGUUGCGCGCACCUUGGGCUUCUCAGUGCCACCAAGUCCCUGCCCCCCAAGAAUUGAGAUCCCGAAAUAAGCUGAGCCUUCCAAGAAGGGAGCAAGCCCUGCCGCCUCUCUUGCCUAUCCUCCAACUGAGUCCCUCUCAGAACCGCCCCAGCGCGUGUUUGUCGUUCCUGAGAAGCUGAGCUAACCUGAGCGCCAUGAACCAGAUAGAGCCAGGUGUGCAAUACAACUACGUCUACGAAGAUGACGAGUACAUGAUACAGGAGGAAGAAUGGGACCGGGACCUGCUCCUGGACCCCGCCUGGGAGAAGCAGCAAAGAAAGACAUUUACUGCCUGGUGUAAUUCCCAUCUAAGAAAAGCUGGUACCCAGAUUGAGAACAUUGAAGAAGACUUCAGAAAUGGCCUUAAACUCAUGCUUCUCUUGGAAGUCAUUUCAGGUGAAAGGUUGUCCAAACCUGAUCGAGGAAAAAUGCGCUUCCACAAAAUUGCCAAUGUUAAUAAAGCCCUGGAUUACAUAGCCAGUAAGGGUGUGAAACUGGUAUCCAUUGGUGCUGAAGAAAUUGUUGAUGGCAAUGUGAAAAUGACCCUGGGUAUGAUCUGGACCAUCAUCCUUCGCUUUGCCAUUCAGGAUAUUUCAGUGGAAGAAACCUCUGCUAAAGAAGGUCUGCUUCUUUGGUGUCAGAGGAAAACUGCCCCUUACAGGAAUGUAAAUAUUCAGAAUUUCCAUACUAGCUGGAAAGACGGCCUUGGACUCUGUGCGCUCAUCCACAGACAUCGACCUGACCUCAUUGACUACUCAAAGCUUAAUAAGGAUGACCCUGUAGGAAAUAUUAACCUGGCCAUGGAAAUAGCAGAAAAGCAUUUGGAUAUCCCCAAGAUGUUGGAUGCAGAAGAUUUAGUAUAUACUGCCAGACCUGACGAAAGAGCCAUAAUGACUUAUGUUUCCUGUUACUACCAUGCAUUUGCUGGUGCACAGAAGGCCGAGACGGCAGCUAACAGGAUAUGUAAGGUUCUUGCUGUGAAUCAAGAGAAUGAGAAACUGAUGGAAGAAUAUGAGAGGCUAGCAAGUGAGCUUCUGGAAUGGAUUCGUCGCACAAUCCCGUGGCUAGAGAAUCGGACUCCCGAGAAGACAAUGCAAGCCAUGCAGAAGAAGCUGGAGGACUUCCGAGAUUAUCGUCGGAAGCACAAGCCCCCCAAAGUCCAAGAGAAGUGCCAGCUGGAGAUUAACUUCAACACCUUGCAAACUAAGCUGAGGAUCAGUAACAGACCAGCUUUCAUGCCAUCAGAAGGCAAAAUGGUUUCAGAUAUUGCUGGUGCUUGGCAGAGGCUGGAACAGGCUGAGAAAGGUUAUGAAGAAUGGUUGUUAAAUGAGAUAAGGAGACUAGAACGCCUGGAACAUCUGGCUGAGAAAUUUAGGCAGAAAGCUUCAACUCAUGAAAGUUGGGCAUAUGGCAAGGAACAGAUCUUGCUACAGAAGGAUUAUGAGUCUGCUUCUCUGACUGAAGUCCGCGCUUUGUUGAGGAAACAUGAGGCUUUUGAGAGUGACUUGGCAGCUCACCAGGACCGGGUGGAACAGAUUGCUGCCAUUGCCCAGGAGCUGAAUGAACUGGAUUAUCAUGAUGCUGCAAGUGUCAAUGACCGAUGCCAGAAGAUCUGUGACCAAUGGGACAGACUGGGAACACUUACUCAAAAAAGAAGAGAGGCUUUAGAGAGGACUGAGAAAUUGCUAGAAACCAUUGACCAACUUCAUCUGGAGUUUGCCAAGAGAGCUGCCCCCUUUAACAACUGGAUGGAAGGUGCUAUGGAAGACCUACAAGACAUGUUUAUUGUACAUAGCAUAGAAGAAAUCCAGAGUUUAAUCACUGCCCAUGAGCAAUUCAAAGCCACGCUGCCUGAAGCAGAUGGUGAAAGACAGGCCAUCAUGUCUAUUCAGAAUGAGGUGGAGAAGGUUAUUCAGAGCUACAACAUCAGAAUCAGCUCAAGCAACCCAUAUAGCACAGUCACCAUGGAUGAACUUCGUGCCAAAUGGGACAAGGUAAAACAGUUUGUGCCAGUACGGGAUCAAUCCCUACAAGAAGAGCUGGCUCGCCAGCAUGCUAAUGAGCGACUGCGGCGCCAGUUUGCUGCCCAAGCCAAUGCUGUUGGACCAUGGAUCCAGAACAAGAUGGAGGAAAUUGCUCGAAGUUCUAUCCAGAUCACUGGGGCUUUAGAAGAUCAAAUGAACCAGUUGAAGCAAUAUGAACACAACAUAAUUAAUUACAAAAACAAUAUUGACAAACUGGAAGGAGAUCAUCAGCUUAUUCAGGAAGCCCUAGUAUUUGACAACAAGCACACUAAUUACACCAUGGAGCACAUCCGUGUUGGAUGGGAACUGCUGCUGACAACUAUUGCCAGGACUAUUAAUGAGGUGGAGACCCAGAUCCUUACUAGGGAUGCUAAGGGUAUUACCCAGGAACAAAUGAAUGAGUUCAGAGCAUCUUUCAACCACUUCGACAGGAGGAAGAAUGGUCUGAUGGAUCAUGAAGAUUUCAGAGCCUGCCUGAUUUCCAUGGGAUAUGAUCUGGGAGAAGCUGAAUUUGCUCGAAUUAUGACACUUGUAGAUCCCAAUGGACAGGGAACUGUCACCUUCCAGUCCUUCAUUGACUUCAUGACCAGAGAGACUGCUGACACAGACACAGCUGAGCAAGUCAUUGCUUCUUUCAGAAUCCUAGCUUCAGAUAAGCCAUACAUCCUUGCAGAUGAGCUGCGUCGGGAGCUGCCUCCAGAUCAGGCCCAGUACUGCAUCAAGAGAAUGCCACCCUAUUCUGGGCCAGGCAGUGUGCCUGGAGCCUUGGAUUACACUGCAUUCUCAUCAGCCCUCUAUGGGGAGAGUGACCUGUGAUUCUGUAAUCAUGGAACACCAGAAUGAAAUAAAAAUUGGAGUUAACAAUUUGCUUCCUGGAAGCCUUGACAGGCUGUUUUAAAUUAAAGAAAAUAUUUUUAAGUAUUCUUAAAGCUCAAUAGUUACCAUUCAGUGUAACAUGCUAAAAAGUAUAAUGUAUAUGUCAGAGUGUGCCAUUCUAAGCUAAGUAGGUGUCUUUAUUGUGGGUUUCUUAGUUUUUAGCUAGUGCAGUACAAUUUUAGAGGGGUUACAGGCAAGAAAGAAAAUUCCUUGAAUAGUAAGAAAUCGGGAGGGUAUGGGGAGAGAAAGAAGCUUAAGAAUGUGAAAACCCAAAAUAGUAAAUAUUCAAAACUAGAAAAAAUUACAAUUGGGGUAGAGUAAUCCUAUCUUUUAUAACUGCCCUUCAUGACCCACAUACAUAUGUAGAGAAAUGUGUUAUGGAGGUCAUUGUUUUCUUUUCUUGCUUAUCCAAAGAUUAGCUAUAGCUAGAUAUUUUCAUGGUUUUGUGGCUUUUGCAGUUGAGUUUUAACAUGUGUGAAAUGGAACUUUCAGGGAAUAGAAACAAAUAAGCCAAAAAAAGCAGAAAGUCCUUUAACUUUUUAAAAGAGGAAGGGAAUAGAAAAAGAAGACAGAGAGAGAGAGAGGAGACAGAGAGAGAGAGAGAGAGAGAGAGAGAGAGAGAGAGAGAGAGAGAGAGAGAGAGAGAGAGAGAGAGAGAGAGAGAGAGAGAGAGAGAGAGAGAGAGAGAGAGAGAGGGAGGGAGGGAGGGAGAGAGAAAGGGAGAGUGAAAGGGAGAGAGAGAUUACAGACAGCUCUCAGUGAUUUAGGGGCUGAUCAUCUAACCUGUGGACACUGAAAGCCUAUGCUUCACUUGAAACACAAGAUCAUCUGCUAGGGAGAAAGGUGGUAUAACUAAUUUAUAAAAAAGCUUUUAAAAUUAUCUGUGGAUUUCAGUGAGUCAUGCUUUUUCCUUAGACCUUUUUUGCACAGAUAAUCAAGAUUUAUGACUGUACAUAGAUUCUGUAUUUUUAAAUUGACAGUUUUCUAUAUAUUAAUUCAUAACAAGAUGUUAGUCAGAAAAUGGCAAACUUGGGGUCCUAUAAGGAUUUGCUUUCCUUCAUGCCUUUAGUUGUAUAGCCCCUUAGGAGGAGACAGGCAACUUUACUGAAAGUGAAUAAGAAAAGAUGAAUUCCCUUAAAUGGUUAGAGCAAGUUUCUUCAUUCUGGGAGAGCCUACCUUUAUGUCUACAGGGUUAAUUCAUUCCCUGUAGCAUAUCUAAAUUACACAGUUGCAUUCACAGUAGUAUCCAUCUGACCUUCACCCAAUGUGAUGUCAAAACCCAUCUGAACAAGCACAGUAUAUGGUUGUGUCUAGAGCUCUUUUCCAUAGAUGGUAUGGUAUGUGUUCACCAAACAGUUGUCUUGAUUUCUGUUGAAUGUUCAUUAAGCUAUUACCUGAAGCUACCGUAUGCUGUGACUCCCCCCUGUUUUUUCAUCCUGUUGACAGCUUGUAGAGAAAUAAAGCAAUAAUUUUUUUUUUUUA